GAUGCCGACUCCUCCGAGCGGGUCCUCAUGGACAUGCGCUGGGGCCUGGUUCCCUCCUGGUUCAAAAAGGACGACCCCUCCAAAAUGCAGUUUAACACCUCCAACUGCCGCAGCGAUACCAUGCUGAAGAAGUCCUCCUACAAGGGUGCUCUCCUCAAGGGCAAGCGCUGCGUGGUCCUGGCAGAUGGCUUCUACGAGUGGCAGCAGCACAGCGGGGGGAAGCAGCCCUAUUUCAUUUACUUCCCCCAGCCCAAGGACCCCAUGGCUGAGGAGAAGGAGGGGGACGCGGAGUGGAGAGGAUGGAGGUUGCUCACCAUGGCUGGGAUUUUUGACUGCUGGGAGCCACCGGAGGGAGGAGAAGUGCUGUACACUUACACCAUCAUCACGGUGGAUGCUUCCAAGGACGUGAGCUUCAUCCAUCACAG